AUGCAUUCUUGGGACUCCAUAUCAAUGAUUGCCACCUCUGGCAUGGACAUCAGCACUCUAGCACUUGGUCGGCAGGAUGCUGUCACCCAACACAGUAAGGCGCGAUCCCUGAAGCACAACAUCGACUUUGAUGACUCGGUAUCCCCUCAAAAGCGACGUAUCCUGGAAUCCUAUUCUGUAGGCGACAUAUGCCAGGUUAUCCUGCAAUCCUAUUCCACAGGCAACAUACGCCAAGUUGCUAUGAAUUUGCAACCCAGAUCUAUAAAUUGUUGCACCACCGCCUUUACAAGCCCCGCAGCCAAACAUUUGUACAGGGAGGCAUCUGACAUAUUCUUGAAGCAUAAAGCAGAUGCUCAACUAGAACCCUUUUCAAUCAAGCGCAUAGAGCUUUAUGAGCCUUGUAACACCACGGCAUUCAUUUGGUCCCUGCCCGCGGAAAUCCUCAUUCUUAUUGUUACUUUUCUAGGAGCACAAGAUAUGCGCUAUGUUGCGCAAAGUCUUUCCCUUUCGGCAAUGAUUUGGCCAGGCACUCAUUCAGCAGUCCGCAUCAAUCACUUGGCGAUUGACUCCUCAGAUGCUGCAGGAUCAUCCUCUGCCCCUGCAGGAGAUGCAUUGGCGUUAUCUGUGGUGUGGAUCGAAGCCUUUCCUGAAGUCAAACAUGUCAGUAUAAUUGCAGCUGCUGAUGUUGAAGUGUCUGUAAAACUGCAGAGUCCUGAGCGCUCCUCGUAA